AUGGCCAAGUCGUACGAGAUUAGCAGCAAGCGAUUCAAGUUCAACGCUGUUGGACAAGUGCUUUUGGCCUUUCUCGGUGUCUUCGGGCUCCUGAGCCUGUUUUCUAAUUCCUACAAAAUUGCGGCCCCGGAGGCAUUUCGGCCUGCCCCGACGAUAGGCAAGGUGACGAUGAUAUAUGGGAACAUGUCGAUAUACGAGAGAACUUUGGAGACACACAAGGAGCACAAUCGGCGACUGGGGUACCCUCUUACGGUUCUCCGGAGUCCAAUAUUGAAUGGGAUUUGGAACAAACUCGCCAUUCUUCAGUCAGUCCUGCUGCGGGAACUGGAAAAGCCGGCAGAUCAGCGAUUGCAGUGGCUCUUUUGGUUCGAUGGCGACACGGUACUGAUGAAUCCUGACAUGCCGUUGGAGACAUUUCUUCCCCCACCAGAAUUGCCAAACGCUCACCUGUUGGUGAGCAGGGAUUGGAAUGGACUGCACAGCGGGGUCUUUUUUCUUCGCGUUCAUCCCUGGUCUGUGGAAUUGCUUUCUGCCGCCAUCGCCUACCCGGUCGUGAAGCCUAACGUCGGGCUUAUCUGGUUCGAACAGUCCGCGAUCUGCAAUGUCCUGGCCGAGAACGAGUACUUUGCUCGAUCGACCGUGUACUGCCCCCUUCGUUGGUUCAAUGCCUACAUGAGACAUCCGAACGGGAUAGAUAUCAACCCUGAUAAUCCGCUGCAUCUCCAGGUUCAUCCUGGUGAUCUUCUCGUUCACUUUCCGGGAACCCCGAAAGCCAAUUUGACUCGAACACUGACGCCGUAUCUUGAGAUAGCAGCAUCGCAUAGUAGGCACUGGGAGGUGCCACUGGAGGAGACGAGGUAUAUAGAGGAGACGAAAAGGUUCUGGGCGGACUUGCGUUUUGGUUCGUCCGGUCGGAUAACCUCUAUCCCUGAACCGAUCGAUGCAGAUGGUGCGGAAGGUAUUUAA